UUGGUGGCAAAUCAACGUUAAAUGAAACAAACCUCUUGAUGUAGCAUUGGCAUGCAUUCAAUAAUUCUAUGCUAUAUUCUUCACACAGUUUCGCUGCUAUGGACAUUUCUUACAUUUUGGGUUAUUGAAAUCUUUGUCUAUCUGUUUAGAUGUUACUACAAUUUGUCAUCAAAUAGUAGAUUGAGAUAUAUCACAACAAAUUGAUACUUUUAAGUUCAUAUAAAUAUAUUAUGAAUGUUUUAUUGCAUUAGCCUUUUUACUUUUUCGUUCCGACAUAAAGCACGUGACUUUUUUUGCAAAUACAGCAGAUGUCCUGAUGAUGAAACAUGUUGAAAAACAUAAAAGAAAGGCAUGCAACUCUAUGGGAAAUGUGUUAGCUGACAACUGUCUUAAAAUCUUCAUCACGGAAUCACUCUUAACUUACCUGGAACUGGAAGUUACAAGUGAAGACGUGGACGCACUUGCCUCAGGUCCUCCAGGCAGCAACGCCUAUGAUGUCGUGUUUCGGGAAAAAGUUAAGUGCGACAGUUUUCUGAAAUAUCUCAAUAAAGGCGCACGUAGGUUCAAGGACCUUGACUAUGAAUUUUCAAUGUUUGGUCGCCAGAUUGUCACCCUUAAGGUGCAUUGGCUGCCGAUAUGUACCAGAGCCAUGGUCAUACACGACAUCUUUGCAAAAUAUGGCAAAGUCAUUUCCAUUAGAAAUGACAUCCUUAAAGUAGGUGACUUUGAAACGGCGUCAGGAGUACGGUUGGUUACUUUGGAGGUAUCGCAGACUGAAAAGGCUGCGAUACCCCAUGUUGUAUCGUUUAAGUGUGGUGCAAAGGCCCUGGUGACGAUGCAGGGACGUCCCCCCCUCUGCCUGAGGUGCAUGGAGCUCGGGCACGUUAGAGGGGCAUGUCCCGGUAUCGUCACUGACGGGACUGCCCGUUUUUCAGGAACAUGGGCUGACAGGGUCAGGCAGGGGGGGCCGAAGGCUUCCAAGGCAACAGAUGAGGUGACCCCUUCAAAAGGACCAGGUAUUGACGUUGCGCCAGAUGGCUCACUCGAGCCCAUUACUGAGGCCCACUGGCAGCAGGUGAAAAAGUCUAGGAAGGCCACUCCCAAGGACGCGCCUGCCACGAAGGAGCCGUCCAAGAAGGUCAAGACCGUCCAACUGGACCAAGUGGAGAGUCAAGAUGUCGAGGGGUCUGCGGCACCCGCGGACACCCCGACAGAGGUGGUUAGGACACCAGGAGGGGCCAAAGGUGAGGCACUUUUGGAUUCAGUUCAUGUCACGGAUGACGGUGCCCAUCAUGAGAUGGACACCGAUAUCCAUGGCACAAAAAGGACCCGCUCAGAGGACAAUGAAUUUACGCCCAUGCCCAAGAAUAAGCCUGGUAAAGGCCCUGUUUCCUCACCCGAGGACCCAUUUGAUAACCUCUUUACACAGGACUCGGUAAAGGAUGGGCUUCUGGCCAGCCAGUCGCCCCAUCACAAUGCUAUGCCAUAUUGAACACAAAAUUAUAACUAGACUGUAAAAUGGACUUUGAUUAUAGCACAAUCCCAAACUCACCCAUUAUAUGGGGUCUUGUUCAUUUCAUAAGUAACUUUUGCACACUGUUUACUGUGUAUGUUGUGUUGAACUUUCUCAAUAGUAGCAUAUGUGUAUAUGUAGACUGUGCAACUUUGUUGUACAGUCUGCGUGUACACAUAUGCACAGUUUUGUGUUCUCGCGUAUUAAAUUGCACUAUGCCCGUAAUACUUGUUAUAUAUAAAUUAUAUUGCACUAUUCCCGUAAAAAGUGAUAAAUAUCUAGAAAUCAACAUAUAUAAAUACAUGUACUGCUCAUUUGUGUACUUAUUGUUAUUUUCAUAUAAACGUUAUCAAACGUUUCAAAUUAUCCCCCCUUUUGUACUUCCUUUAUACAUUGGUAUAUAUGUGUUUUUAGUUAAACCGCAUUGUGUUGUUAUCUCUGAAAAUCUAUUACUAUUACACGUUUUUCAUUACUCGUGUAAAUCGUCUAUUGUAAGAUUUACUAUGCAUCGGUUGUUUUCACGGGCUAGCCUUAAAUCUCAAUCGAUAUACUCUACUACACUAUGUUUUUAUCGAGGUAGUUCGUUUAAGAUUAUAACAUAUGUUAUAAUGCUAAUCUACUCCUGUUUGUACACAUUUGCUUAUAUGUGUAAAAAUAUAUCUUCCUAUUUAUAUAUGUUCUACUCAUUCCCAUUUAUUUUAAAUCAAUUUCAUUUCUAUUCUCCCCAUUUAAAUCACAAAUAUGCGUCGUCUGCUGUAUUUGUUAUUUGCCAAUAUGAGUAUAACCCGCCUCACGUUAGAUUUACUAUCUACCGUUUAUUUUCUAGUAGUUUAAACAUUCGCUUUAAAUUUACACUGAUAUCGUCUGCUGUUUAUUUAAUCAAUAUAAAUUGCCAGUUAGCUUUUGGUGCAUGGACGCAGCCAUCUUUUUUGUACAAGCGUCUAUAUGUUCUGUCCUCGAGUAACUCGCCCUGUGUUGUCUUUUUUGUCGACUGCUUUAUUUCAAGUAGCUUUCUAUUCUUGUUGUCUGCUUGGGUUUAUUUUUACAUUUUCAAUACUAAACACCCUUGAUGAUUGCACAGCCAUUUAUUAUUGUACAUGACAUUUUCAGCUUGUGUAUUGUGUGCAGUUCACUUGUUCUAAAAAUAUCUAACGUCUUAAACGUUGGUUUGUCGUUCUGUAAAGUUAUUUAUAGUAAUUUACCUGACAACCUCAGUUAUAAACAUUCUAUACAUAAAUGGUGACGUCACUACGUUAUUGUCACCUCUAUACUUAGACGCAUCACGCACCUCCAUUUGGAGGCAUUUAUGACUACGACACAAAGAAGUCCGCGGAUGAAUGAAGAAUUUGCUUUAUAAGUAAUCUUUCAUGUUAUGAUUUAAAAGUUAAGUAUAGUUUUGUUCAGUCUUACGGUCUUAUGUUAGUAUCAAUUAAAAUUUUCGUAAGUUUUCAACAAUUUCGCUCUUUAUUCAUUUUUUUAAACUGUACUUUCACUUUCGGUUGUAUAACAACAUGUAUCCUUUAUUGGCGAAAGUUUGCAAUGAAAUAGCGUUUUCAAAACCGCUUAAAAAGUUUCAGAAGGUGCAUCUGAUGCAUGUUAUGAAUAGACACAAUGUCAUAACUAUAUUGCCGACUAGUAUGGGAACAAUUUGGUAUUUCAAGUGGCUCCAUUUGCAUUGCAAGAGAAGUUCAAAUUGACUUGUUCAGUUUGUUAAAUUUUGACACCCUAAUUAUAUAUUUUUUUAUAAGUGCUUGAUAGAUUUUUUUCUUUAAAUAAUUAAGAUCAAUGAAAAUUUUAGUAAAAGCACAGCAUUGAUGUUCUAUGAUGGUCAUUUUUUAGUGGAAUAGUAUGUUACAAUAAAACAAUUAUAACUAGUGUAUUAAUGAAUUUAGAUUAGGUGUCAUCUUUAAAUGGGGUAGUAAUUCAUUAUAUGAGAUUAGCACAUUAUAUAGUUGAAAAAUAAAUAACACUUUAAUGACUUACCAUAGUAAAAUUAAGUAGCAUAGAAUGUGUUGCAGGUCAUAAAAUGUGAAACUGAAAUUGAAGAAGGUUUACAAAUAUUUUACACUGACAACACUGUUGGUUUUCAAAAAAAAAAUCCUUCCUAUCUACCUGCCCUAGUUUUUUGGGGCAAAUUUAAAUAUUAUUAAUAUCAUUGAGUUAAAUUAUUAAAAUAUCAAUAUGUUUUGAUUACAUUAGCUUAUUUUAUUAUUAAUAAUAAAUACUUUGCAAGGAAAGUCCAAUUCUGUUUUAAUUAGUCUUAAUUAGGUACUAGUAAAAUUGAAAAUAUCAGUGACAUCCAAAACUUGGCUUAUAUGCAUAUGAAUGCAUAUUUUCUUUGACAGUUACAUAGUACCCUAUUUAAUUGGAUUAAAAACAACAAAUAACUAUAGUUCUACAACCCAGCCCAAGUUGACUCAAACUGAAUUAAUUCAUCAAUUGAUCCUAUUUAAUUAUAUUAAAAACAACAUGUGUAAGAUUUUGAGAAUAUCUCAUGUAUUCCUCUAGUAUUCCUCUAGUACACCAACAUGCACGUCUUACUAAUGAUUAACAUGCACUCCUUAAACAGUUUAACAAAAAUAAUGAAUGAUUAAUCAAAAGAAAACAACAAACAAGCUGCUUCAUAUAAAAAGUUAAUUACAUAAGAUUACAUAAGCAAAAAAAUCAUUUUGAUAAUAAAUCAAGAUUUUACUUCAACCAAACCAUUAUAAAUUUAUUGUGAGGAGGGGGGUAAUGUAAGCACUAAAACUAAAAUGGGGGAAAUGUCUGGUGAGGGAACAUCUUAGGGGGGGCGUCCGGAAUUCCUGCUAAGGGCGACAGUGUUGUUAAUGUGUCUUUAGAGGAAAUAACUGAAGGAAAGUACUCAUUGGUGUAUGCCCAUCCAGAAGCAUUUCUGAGCAUAUCAAUAGGAACAGCAAUAUUGAGUGCAUUUGAAAGAGAUAUAACUGUUUCAUGUAUUGCUUUUGAUGAAGCCCACAAAUCAUGGUCCUUUAAUGGUAGCUUUCCUAUUAGCGAAUUUUAUACUUAUUUUUUACUCUACAAUCUAGCUCUUUUGUCAUAAAAUGAGAAGUUUUAUUAUCCAACAGGUUUUGUGUUUGAACCUCACAAAUUUUAUAAUACCAAAGUCCCAUCAUAUAAUCAUCAUCACAAUCAGCAGCAGCAUUAUCAUAUUCAUCAUCAUCAUUGUUAGCAGCAGCAUCAUUGUGUUGUAUUAUCAGAAUUCAAUACAAAUACAAACACAACCAUUACAACUCUUACUACUACUACUACUAAUUAAUUAAUUAUCUACUACUACAACAAGAACAACAACUACGACUACUACUACUGAUCUUACUUCUACUACUACUUGUCUACUACUACUACUACUACUACUACUACUACUACUACUUCUACUACUACUACUACUACUUCUACUACUACUACUACUACUACUACUACUACUACCACCACCACCACCACCACCACCACCACCACUACUACUACUACUACAACUACUACUACUUGGUACACCAGAACUUGUUGUCCAUGGAGAUGAUAAGGAGAACUCCCAGAGUAUUGAUCGAACCCACGCCCAGCGGACAUCAUUCUCUACAGCAUAGCGACCAUGAAUUAAUAUUUGACACCAUGUACAACAUAAUUCACCUUAUUACAAAAAACAUGGAAUUCACAAAGUGACUGAAAAUGCUUUAAAAUAAAUGCAAAUUUGAAAUUUGAAACAAAACAACCUAAGCAAUACAUAAUAAGAAACACUACAUUAUUGAAACACUGAUACCAUGAACAUUUUAGGGUGUAACACCUUAUGUACAUGUACCAGACCUUUAAUGUACUACCGGUACUUUGAAACUUUAUGUACCACCUACAUAAAAUAUAGGUGUUAUUGUCCAUUCAUUCAUAGCAGUCCUGAUGAAUUAUGGUCAUUCUCUAAACAUGAUUAAAGUCUAAAGAAGGAAAUAAUUUUGAUUUUUUUUACAGUUUGAACAUUGAGGUCAUUCUCUCUUCUCUUCAAAGUAUCAUAUUUCAAUUAUACAAUAUAAUACAAACAUUUUAGACUUUAUAAUCCUUAGUCAGGAUAAGAUAAGAGACAAAUGAAUUUUUAUAAUUUACUUCAAUUUCAGGUAAGACUAAUAAAUCAUUUAUUAAGUACUACAUGUACUUGGGCUAAUAAAUUAAACUAAGACACUCAGUGACACUUAGACAAUCUGACAAAAUAUAAAAUCUAUCGCCAAUAUAUAAGUCUAAAUUCAUAAAUACUAUCACACAAAAUACAUUUCAUCAAUAACACACAUUCAUAUUAAAUUAGUUAUCUCUUUAUAUUAUAAAUAUGGUACAUAAAGUGUCAGAUAGUGGUACAUAAAGUUUCGGUAUAUAAACAGACUGGUACGUAAUGUGUGACAUUCAACAUUUUAAAAAUCAGUUAACAAUAUAUGGACUUCAUUGUUUUGCAUAUACGCAAUCAAAGCAUAUUUAUUAAAAAUUAAAACACACUGUUCAUGGCUGUAUCUUUUUAUUUAUACAUGCAUAAACUAUUCUGGUUAUUAAUACAUUUUUAAAAUUAUAUAUAAACAAGAGCACCACAUUAUGGGUGCCAAGCUAGGCUGCGGUGCAGUUUUGAAUAAAUGAAAUUUAAAAGAAUUUUUUAGAGGUUAGUGACCUUGACCUUUGACCGAGUGACCCCAAAAUGGGUGUGGUGUGUAGAAAUCAUCACGGUGCAUAUACAUGUGAGGUUUCAAUGUUAUAGGUGGAAGCACUUUGAUUUUAGAGCCGAUGUAAAGGUUUUAGCACCACGCGGACAUCUGACGACGAGCUAUGACAAUACCUAGGGUUUUCCCCGAAAACAGCCGAGCUAAAAUUGAGCACCAUUAGUCCAAAUUGUUGACGCUCUUAAAUAUUAAGCUACUUUUUAUAUGGGUAAUAUUUGGAGCAAAGAAUUUAGCCCAUAUAAAAAGUAUCUCUAAAUUCUUAUAAAUAAGACUAGAGCGCCAUAUAAAUUAAAUGGAAAACAUACGACUUUAUGUCAAGAAAAAUAAAGCUGUAAAAAUCUCACCUGCUCGUCUUUGAUGUUGCAAUUAGCACAUUCAGCAUUUUCAGUAUCUACUAAAUAAAUAUAUGAAAGUGCCAAAUGUCCAAGAUACCAUGACUUCCUCCUCAAAAUGUUAGAUCCUUUGAACUCCAUUUAUUUUAUCCCUGAUUAUUCCUUUCACACAUGAGGCCUACAUGUAAGAUUCCUUGUAAUGUUCACAGCGUUUAUUUUAAAUCGUUUACGUCCUCAAAUUUCAGCAGGUAUUAAAUUAUAAAUAUUUAUUAAUGAUUUUGAUUUAUUUACUAUUUCGAAGAUACAGUCUUGCAACGUGUUUAGUUAGUCUAAGUUACGUGUUAGGUGAUUCUUACAAACAAUAGACUGACAUGAAAAGUGGCUCCUUUUGAAGCACAAACUGCAUCCAUGUAUAUAUUUCAGCUGGCCCGGUUUGAUGGGGCCUGUUUUUGAUAAUAAUUAAUUACCAUUUUUCACUUCCGUGUUUAUUAUGUUUACCAA